GCAGCCUGCGUUGAUCUUGAACCUCAGCUGCGUCCUCUCCUUGCAUGUGCGCUGAUCCCUUAUGUUACAUGCGAAGAGCACACGGCAGGAAGAGGUCGGUCGAAGUACUAUCUCCGCCACUGAUCGGUGUCUCGAUGGCAGUAACAUUUAUGGCUUCAUACCCGUCACCUGAUUACAGUACAUUCUGGGUUAGUAGUGCGCUGUCUGCACCCAUAAAUUACUCUUCACUGCGCCGUGCGCUUUCAGUGUCGUCUCCUCGUCGCUGCAGCCACUGACGGUGGCGGAUCCCGCAAGUAAACAAGCCAUGAGUACCAUUUCGAGUCAGCGCACGCCUGCCACUGCGGCGAUCCCCGUCUCCUCGGAUUCUGCCAGGUCACCUUUCUCGUUAACCGAGAACCUCCUGCGUCUUUUCAGCCACAUCAAAUAUGAGAAUUUGGCAGCCGGACUAAGCGGCGGAGUCAUCUCCACAAUGGUGCUCCAUCCCUUGGACCUGGUGAAAAUACGAUUCGCAGUGAGUGACGGCCUGCAGAUGCGGCCGCAGUACGACGGCAUGGUGCAGUGCAUGAGGAGCAUCUGGCAACUGGAGGGGAUCCGCGGCCUCUACCAAGGGGUGACCCCCAACAUCUGGGGAGCCGGGGCCUCCUGGGGACUCUACUUCCUAUUUUACAAUGCCAUUAAGGAGUACACGCGGGAGGGUCGACAGACCGAGCUGACCGCUCUGGAACACCUCAUGUCCGCAGCAGAAGCAGGCAUGCUGACGCUUUGCCUGACAAAUCCCGUCUGGGUGACAAAGACCCGGCUGGUGCUGCAGUACAAUGCAGACCCGUCCAGGAAGCAGUACAAGGGAAUGCUGGACGCCCUCGUGAAAAUAUACCGUCACGAGGGUAUUCCGGGAUUAUACAGGGGGUUUCUGCCUGGCCUGGUGGGCACGUCCCAUUCUGCCCUGCAGUUCAUGACCUAUGAGAGCCUGAAGAGAGACUACAACAAGUCCAGGAAGAUGCCGUCCGAGGCCUUGCUGUCUCCACUGGAGUACAUCGCCAUGGCCGCCAUCUCCAAGAUAUUUGCGGUGGCGGUAACUUACCCGUAUCAGGUUGUGCGCGCCCGGCUGCAGGACCAGCACAACAACUACAGCGGCCUGGUGGACGUGAUCAGGAGAACCUGGGGUAAUGAGGGUGUGGAGGGUUUCUACAAGGGAAUGGUGCCCAACCUCGUGCGCGUCAUUCCUGCCUGCUGCAUCACUUUCCUGGUGUACGAGAACGUCUCCCGCUUGCUGCUGGGAGAGUAUCAUUGAAACCUCAGACACACACACACACAUGCACGCACACACACACACACACGCACACACGCACACACACGCACGUACACAUAAGCACACAGACACAUGCAUGCACGUUCAUACACACACACCUGCCACAUGUGCAUGCACAUGUACUUGUGUACCCACUCUUGCAAAUGUGCAGGACCCUACAGUACAUACACACAUAUUUACAUGCUCAGACAAAUACUUACAAUGAUGACUGAAAAUCACGCACAUUUGCAAGCUUUCAUAGACAAAUGCCUACAUACACACACACACACACACACACCCACACACGUGCGCACGCGCACACACACACACCUCAGGAACACUGAAAUGGACCAAUAAGAAGAAGUAUCACAACGACCCCCAAGUGGAAAAGUGGAGCAGUAAAAUCGUCCAAGCGUCCCACAGAGGAGACGUAUAUGCACAAGACAAAACCUCUAUGGGAACGCUAUAGAAACAUUUCACUGGACAGAAGGAGAAAAAAAAUAAAAAGUGUGGGAACGUAUUAUGAACGUUCUACUGGCGGUUUGGUCGAGGACAACAGGAUCCAUCAUCACCACCACCACCACCACCACCACCACCACCACCACCACCACCACCACCACCUCAGGCCCUGCCACAAGGGACAACUUCUUAAAACCAACCUCUUACUCGGACCGUAGCUGUUACUGAUUAUGAGACUAGAUUAGGACCAGUCAGGAUGCGGUUGGGAAAAAAAGAAGCAUGGAAAGAAGGAAGCAGAGAGAGUGAGAAAGAGACAGAGAGAGAUAGAGAGAGAUAGAGAGAACGAACAGCGUAACUUUUUUUCCAUGUGUGCUUCGGCUAUUGUCAUCUUGAACCGUUGCAGGGGGUUAUGCAAUAGCGAGGAAAGGGAAAUGGAGAGAGAUGUGAGGUGCGGCUCAGAUUUUAGCAGAAGUGUCACUAUUGCAACACCUCUUGUGCAAGUUAUGUUCUUAACACACACGCUGUUAGUGUUUUAAAAACUAUCGCAACUGUUCUUAUGUGCACCAAUGUUUUUUGAUUGAAAUGCCUAUCAAUUUUGCAACCAAUUUUGAUGAUGUUCUGAACACAAAAUGGACACAUUGUUUAAAAAAAAACACAAAACCUCAACUAUUGCAAAUUCUAGGUGCAGAUCAGAUGAGACAAAAUAGCCAUGGUUGAAUAAUAUCUAUAACAAAUCAUGCUCUAAACACAACUCGGUUAUGUUGAAACAGCUCAUCGUCAUUGUGUGUACUUUUCUUUUGUACUUCAAAACAUGCAACUUGCUGACCACUCCCGUCUGGGUGGAAGACUUCUGAGGAACUGUUCCUAUUGCAAGAAUGGAGGAAGGGGAUGUCUCGUCCUUGUACUAACUGCUAAGACUGCUAAGUGUUUCGAACACUUGACUCUUGAGGAUAGAAAAGCACAUGGCCGGCGCUGACAUUUAUCUUUGGCCAGGCCCGGGACAAAGUCAUCUGAAAGGCACCCCCCCAGCCAAACCUCUCAAUGCAUGAAAUGUAAUGAGGACUCAAUUCUGGGGGGGGGGGGCCCUCUAUCCCUGGGUCUCGGUGACAGUGUACCCCCUCGACUUCUCUGGAAUAGCGUGUGAACUCAUUUACAAUCUUGUCAUUGCUCCGCUGAAGAGAUGAAUGAAUGAAUGACAUCAGCAACUUUCCACUGCUGAGUCACACAGCUGAUCCCAAUCAGCUCAUCCCUUGGACGACGUCGGACUUAAGGACAAGGCACAACAGACAGGUCAUGGUCACCUGGAGAAGGAAGGAAAAGAAAGAAGGACAGAGAGAGAGAGAGAGAGAGUGAGAGUGAAAUAGAGACUGAAAAUUAAAAUGAAUGUAUAUGGAGGAACCAAAGAAGAUGAGUCUUAGAAAGAGUUGCUCAGGAGGAAUAAAAACGACAUGAAAUGUUUAAUGUGCUUGCCUAUUAUGAGCGAAAGUGACUCUCUAAAAGCUACUAUUGACAGAGGGAUAGCAUCUUAUUGCAAAAGAUAGCAUCUUACUGCAUUUCUUCAUUGACACUCAGUGUGAAUAUUACUGUGUUCAACAUGUUUUUUGUUUGUUUGUUUUCAAUGGAUCAGCAUACAGCAGUGUAGGUCGGAGUGCUUUUUGUCUCUGUCACCACUAGGGUGCAGUCUUGUCCUACUAGGAGUGGAGAUGAUCUUUAUGUGCGUGUACAGACUUGCUCCCAAGUUGAAAGCCACGUUGGCUGUGUCCUAAUAAAAACAGAUGUUUAUGGUAACGUUGUUGCCCGGAUAUGAGAAUAUCCCUGUAGUAUUAAAAAAAAAACUUUUUUUAUUCCACAAUAAUAAAUAUUGUUUGAAAGAUG